AUGGGGGUUGCGAUCUUGGGCGGGGCGCAGGGCGCAUGCGCGGGCGGGCAGCGGGCACUCCGCGAGGAAGGUUCGCGGGCUCCGGCCGCGUCGACGCGACCGCGAUGCGCGAAGUGCCGGCCUCGCGGCCGCUCCCGCAAGCGCCGCGCUAAACGCACCGAUGCAGUGGCGCAAGUUGACCAGGUUGAAAUCUUCGCCGGGCGGACACUCGCGCGCUCGGAGGAUGCUCUGCUGCGGCCGCAGGAAGGUACGAUACGAUCGAUAGCGCGCGCCGAAACCUUCGCCCCCCGGCCCGGAGGCGGCCGACGCCGUUCGUCGACCCCACUAAGGCCUCUCGUAGCCUAUAACUACUGGACAUAA